UUCCGGGUCUGACAGUUCGGAAGACAGACGUAGCUGUACGCGCAGCAUCCCGAGAUACAAAGAAGACGACAACAAUGGCCGAAAUAUCACUGUAUCUCACAAACGUUAAUGUGUCUAUAGGGCAGAGCAUGGAUGUGGGGCAGAGUCCGAGCCCAAACCCGGGAAAGGACUUUGAGAGUGUGGAGCUGGGGGAGCUGGACAAGAGAGAGGAGCCACAGCCCCAGCAGAGGGAAAAGGCUCCCCGUCGGAUCAUCCAUUUCUCCAGCGGGGAGACCAUGGAGGAAUACAGCACCGAUGAGGAGGAGGGAGAGGACCAGGAACCCGAGAGGAAAGACCUGCUGUCCUCCCCGGUCGAUGCGGUGAGGUCAAAGAUGACCUGGGGGCCUUAUUUCUGGUUCCACAUGUGGAGAGCAGCCACAUCCACCAUCUCAGCAUGUGACUAUCUUGGGGAGAGAAUGGCAUCCCUGUUUGGGAUCACAUCAGCCAAAUAUCAAUAUGCCAUUGAUGAAUAUUACAGGAUAAAGAAAGAGAGGGAGGAGGAGAAAGAGGAAAACCGGUUGUCGGAAGAAGCAGAACGAUCCUUUGACCAGCUACAAUCUCAGGAAGAGGAGGACGAGCAAAUCACUGUGACAGACCAGGAGGAGGUGACGGCUGCUCGCCCUGAUACAACAUAUCAGGUGGAGAAUGAGAAUCACGCGACUCCAAAUACCAUCACAGUCCCUGUUAUUGUCACGGCAACCUAAACGUCCCUAAAAAAUGUCUAUUUGUUAAAGAAGGAACACUGUCUUGUUUCACCAAGCUGUUUGGUUUGUGCAUAACACUGCUUUUAAUGGGCAGCUCUGCUGUAUUGUGGCUGAAUUGGGAGGACAGCCGGGAUGCAACUGUGUAGAAGCUGAUAAACGACCUGCUGGGUGAUGUGCUAACAUAUCUAUCUCUUUGAAUACAGACAAAUGAACAUGUAUUAUGCAAAGUGUAAUGUUACAUGUCAAGUUUUCCUCAAAUUGAGAUCAGUUUUAAUCUUGACAGUAUUUUAUAUUAUCCAGCAUCUUCUUUAUCAGCCACUGCAGCUCUACCCAAACUCUGCCAAGGGAUAAAUGUUGCUCCCCUGCGCCUCUCUUGGACCAGACACUGUGCCUAAAUCACCGAUACAGCCAUGUCCGUGCCAGAUGUGGACCCAGCAUCUGUCUAAACAGGACCUGAAGUCUUUGUAGGCAGCAUAUUUUAAAUAUGUAAAACUUUGAGCAGCAGUUCUGUCCAGAUCAGGUCACACCGAUGCAAUGUGGAUACACCCGGCUGCACCAAGAAGCUGGCCAUGUUAACACUCCCUCACACGUUGAUUUGUCUAUUUGUGUAUAACUAAAACUUUAGGCUUGUGUUGCACUUAUCGUCUAUGAACACACUGAGCAGAUUUAACCACAGUUGUCAACCAGCUGUUCACCACAAGACUGACUUUUGGU